UCGAACACAGGCGCACGAACACCGACACGCACUCCUGUCUGUGUACCAAAGGUGCCCGGGCGCAGAGACCCGCUCGCACACACACACGCGCGCACGCGCGCGCGCCAACACGCAUACACAAACGAAUGCACACACAUGCCAGUCAGCUGGUUGGCCAGAGACUUAAAACCACAGAUCCCACUAGGAAAUCGCCAGAGGCACCGAACUAAUUAGUAAUUAGUUGCCUCUACACUAAUUACUACUUCCCCCAGCACUUUGAUGAAGAAAUGAAUCCCGCCCAGCUCGCCGGUACAGCUACGUCUCGGUUCGAUUUUGCUCUCCAGACACAUCUUCGUGAAAGCCAGAUCAAGGGGGAAAGCAAGCCGGCGGCUGGCCUCGGACUCUGAGCCGCGAGGAGCUGGCUCCCCAGCAGGUCAGCCCUGAAACGGAGAAGGGCUCCACGCUCCUGCCAGCGCACACCAAGGAUAUUGCAGCCCGGGGAGGCAACUGGAGCUAAACCGGCCGCAGGUUUUAAAUGUGUAUUUGGCUACUUGGCUACUGAUUAGAGAACACAAAAUGAAUAACUCAACAAACUCCUCUAACAAUGGCCUGGCUCUGACCAGUCCUUAUAAGACAUUCGAAGUGGUUUUUAUUGUCCUUGUGGCUGGAUCCCUCAGUUUGGUGACCAUUAUUGGGAACAUUCUGGUCAUGGUCUCUAUUAAAGUCAACCGCCACCUCCAGACUGUCAACAAUUACUUUUUGUUCAGCUUGGCCUGUGCUGACCUCAUCAUUGGUGUUUUCUCCAUGAACUUGUACACCCUUUACACUGUGAUUGGCUACUGGCCUUUGGGACCUGUGGUGUGUGACCUUUGGCUAGCCCUGGACUAUGUGGUCAGCAAUGCCUCAGUAAUGAAUCUGCUCAUCAUCAGCUUUGACAGGUACUUCUGUGUCACGAAACCGCUCACCUACCCCGUCAAGCGGACCACAAAAAUGGCAGGUAUGAUGAUUGCAGCUGCGUGGGUCCUGUCCUUCAUCCUCUGGGCCCCAGCCAUUCUCUUCUGGCAGUUCAUUGUAGGGGUGAGAACUGUGGAGGAUGGGGAAUGCUACAUUCAGUUUUUUUCCAACGCUGCUGUCACCUUUGGCACUGCCAUUGCAGCCUUCUACUUGCCUGUGAUCAUCAUGACUGUGUUAUACUGGCACAUAUCCCGAGCCAGUAAGAGCAGGAUAAAGAAGGACAAGAAGGAGCCUGUGGCCAACCAAGAUCCAGUUUCUCCAAGUCUGGUACAAGGAAAGAUAGUGAAGCCAAACAACAACAAUGUGCCUGGCAGUGAUGAUGGCCUGGAGCACAACAAAAUCCAGAAUGGCAAAGCUCCCAGAGAUGCUGUGACUGAAAACUGUGUCCAGGGAGAGGAGAAGGAGAGCUCCAAUGAUUCUACUUCAGUCAGUGCUGUCGCCUCUAAUAUGAGAGAUGAUGAAAUAACCCAGGAUGAAAACACAGUUUCCACUUCCCUGGGCCAUUCCAAAGAUGAGAACUCAAAGCAAACAUGCAUCAAAAUUGUCACUAAGACCCAAAAAGGUGACUCAUGUACCCCCACUAAUACCACCGUGGAGCUAGUUGGUUCUUCAGGUCAGAAUGGAGAAGAAAAACAGAACAUUGUUGCUCGCAAGAUUGUGAAGAUGACCAAGCAGCCUGCAAAAAAGAAGCCUCCUCCCUCUCGGGAAAAGAAAGUGACCAGGACGAUCUUGGCUAUUCUGUUGGCUUUCAUCAUCACGUGGGCCCCAUACAAUGUCAUGGUGCUCAUUAACACCUUCUGUGCACCCUGCAUCCCCAACACAGUGUGGACAAUUGGUUACUGGCUCUGUUACAUCAACAGCACUAUCAACCCUGCCUGCUAUGCACUUUGUAAUGCCACCUUCAAGAAGACCUUUAAGCACCUUCUCAUGUGUCAUUAUAAGAACAUAGGCGCUACAAGGUAAAACAUCUUGGUAAAGAAGGAAGGUGGCCAAAGGGAGCUUGGGGAGAAGAAGAAGGUUAAAAAAAACUCCUAGUUUUAAAGUCUCUGCCAUUGCACUUUAUAGUCUUAUUAUGGAAUGUGCAAUUAAGGAGCCCAGCAGUGACACUCUUACCGUGCCUACGCUCCAGUUUGAGAAACUUGCAUCUUAUUAACUCUGUCAGUUUAGGAGCAAUGAGACCAUAAAAGAGAUAUGUUGGAAUUGUGGAUUUAAGGAAUGAUCUACGUUUUCCUGUACUCUCUUGAAGAAGGGCUUCUGAAUCUAUAAUUUUAUCUCUGCACAAAAAGAAUAAUAACCUCGCUCCUUUUAAAAAAUUUUUUUGUUCCCAUGUGUCCAUAUGAGGAUGAAAUGCCACAGUUACAAACUAACCUGGAGACUUAAACAUAAAGAAAGCCAUUAUACAACGGGGAAGUGAAGAAAGAAGAUCAAAAAAAGGAUGUAGAAAUGACCUCCAAAGUGUUAAGCAUAUAUUAUUCUUUUGUUAUGGUUUUGUGUGGAGAAUCGCAACAUAAUAAAUGCUUAUCGUUUCUACCUUUCCCUUUUCCCACCAUCAAAAUAGAGCAAACAAACAAAAACAAACAAAAAAAAAAACUAGGUCACAUCAUUAUUUUUCUCGUUAUGACAUUGGUUUCUGUACUUCCCCGUUUUACACUGUGCAAAGGCGAAAGCUGCAGGGCUUUCACUAAAAACAACCAGAGACACCAUGAAAGGGGCAUUUCCCCCCUGCCCACCACGUCCUUUGCGUUCUUUAGGGGUGUAAAAUCCUAUAA